UAGCACAGACUGUUAUUUUUGCACAUCCCCAAUUGCGCGCCUUUAUUUUUUUGUGGUUUUGUCAAAAAUAUUUUAAGUCCAACCCGUUAAACGUUUUCUAAAUUUUAAAAAGUCAUCUGUGGGUUUUACAAAAACUUAGCAUGUCCAGCGAAGCAAGUCUGGCUUCCAAAUGGACGCGACCAGAUGAUUUUAUAAAGCUGCAGCGGCUGAAGCAAAAGAAGAACAAAUUAGCCGCCCGCGUGAGCACCAAUAACAAUAAACGACCUGGAAUCCAGGUGGAUGAGACUGAUAAGACCAAACUACUAGAGGCUAAACUAGCCCAGAAGCGAAAGAAUCCAUUUGCGAAGCCCACAGAAAAUGCGAAAAAGCUGCGGAUAGAUCCAGAAGUGCCGGACAUCGAACCGGUGGUCACAGCGUCGUCCUGUUUUGUGCGGGAAACUCCUACUCGUCCACCCCCCGCUAAGUUCGUGCUUCAAAAGUAUGAUCCCCAGGCCUUUGCCAAAAUUUUCCAGCAGCCCCAAAUCAACGCGGAAGAUGAGGACGACGCGGAGUUAGCCGCCCGACAGAAGCAUACAGCCCACCUGCCCGUGGACUGGUCUCUAAAAACGCGGGCCCGCUUCUUCUGUCCAACAGAGCUGCCAGCCAUCCAGCUGAAGACCUCGCAACUGGCUAGCGGGCUCACAAGUUUUGUGCGCUGCAUGGAUCCGCAGCGCACAGAGAGCACGCUGGAUAUAUCAGACGCAACGCGGUUCAACCAGUGCACCUACUAUUGGCAGCAUCCCCACUUGCCCUGGAUGACCCUCUUCCCGCGCACCGCUAAGGAGAACGUGGGAGUAGUCGUGGGCGAAAGAGAGCGAAAGGCUCUGGCCGAGGAGUGGGACUACAGUUUUCGGGGAUUGUUCCAGCUUCUUCGUGCUCGCCAGUGCCCUUACUUUUAUCUGUGUGCCAAUACCUUUACGGUGCUGUUCCGAGCUGCCGGAGUGGGCGGUCGAGCAGAAAGCCACGCCCUGGUAACGCCAUCAACGAGAGGAAUGCGCCAGGCUCUCCGGCAGGAUGGGAUUGAAUUUAGCAUGCCUUUGAAAAGUGAGGUAAAUGGAAAUGUUCAUGACAAUAGCUUUAACGAGGAAACGACUAGCAGCUCCUUAGGGCCAGAAGCAGGUGAAGAAACUCUUUUGCCGGCCCAGGAAGAUGAAGACGACGACGAUGAAUGGCUGGAGAGCUUAGGUGUGGACGAGCGCGAGCUGCGACGCAUUCAAUCCUCGCAUGCCAGGAAACAGCAGGCUGCUGAAAUGCGAGAGGAUUUUAGCGACAACUCUCUGCUCCUCGUCGAUGGUGUAGAGUGCCAGGGCUUCUUCAGUUACCUCCUAAAUGCUAAGAGCGCCAUUAGCACAGUAGGCCGUCUGGCCGGAGUGCCUCCCACUCUGCUGUCGCCAGUGGCCUUCCCCAAGGCUACUAUGCAACAUUUAGUUCCACGGUCCAAAAAAGUGCGCCUUGACGGCGUGGACUACUUUAGCGUAGAUAUAAAGGGACUGAUCCUGCCUACAUUCCUACCAAGCGUGUCGGAGUUGUUAUGCGAGACGCGUCAGAUGUUCAGCUCCACACUGGCCAGUAGCAUCAAUACGCUGGCCUUUAGCAAGGCCACACAAAAGCUACUUGAAAGCCCGGAGAUGCCACAGCCGGAUGGAGAAGGAGAAGAUGCCGCCGGGCAGGUCUUUGGCGAGCAGAAUCUUUCAGAGUGUGGCCUGCUGCCUGGAGUAGUGGGUUCCAUCUGCCGCACUGGUCAACAUGCCGUAGGUCUUCUGGAGCGCGUUUGCUACCAAAGGGGCGAGGGAUAUGCAUGGAGUUAAGGAUUGUCUUUCACACAUGGGAUUGCAUUCGUAAGCAGCUCGAUUUGUUGCAUUAUUCUUAAUCUGUACAUUUUGUUAUGUGAAAUAAAAUAUUGUGCUAGCUAAA